AUGUCGCACUCCAAGCGCAACACAUCACUGGCCUUUUUCACCUCACACGAACGCUCGCUACUCAGAUCGAGCUGGGGAAGUCAAUCGACCCGCCUGUCGCGAGAGUCAUUCCUGCCCUUCGGAUAUUGUCGCUUAUGUCUGGGGUUCGCCAAGAACCCUGUCGCAUGUACAGAUGGAGCGGCCGAUGGGAAAGGAAACAGCACGAAGGUGCAUCUGUUCUGCCGAGAAUGUGUGUUGAACGAUCUCAUGGCGCAGAGGAGCGAGAUCAAGCGGCUAGAACGAGAAAGCGUGCUGCGUGUCCAGGAGGAGCAUGAAGCCGCAGCGCUAGAGGAAGAGGAGCGGCGACGCCGGGAUCUCGAAGGAUUCGAGAGAGCUGAGCUGGGCUUCGACGACAGUUACGACUAUUCAACUUCUACGUCCAGCAGACCGGGGAUCAAGAGAAAGCGCCAGGCGGAGGAGAUGCACGCGCAUCCUACCAACAACGUCAAUGCACACGACCAGAAAAAAGCAAAAUCCUCCGAGUCGAGUUUUUGGGUUCCGGGAUCAGAUGCGUUGGCAGCAGCAUCAACGAAGAAUUCCAAGUCGUCGCAGAAGCUUAAACUUCACCCUCUAUGUCCAGCCUCGACACCUCAGACGAAGCAUAGCUACUCCCUCAAGUCGCUCGUCAUGGUAAACUUCACAGAGAGCGACCUCGAUACCGCAAGCAGCGGAGAUGAGCCGGCGCGGAUAUGCCCGAGCUGCAAGAAAGUCCUGGCUAACACGUCGCGCCCUAUGCUCGGCACAGCUGACGGGUGCGGGCAUGUAAUCUGCGGAGCAUGCGCCGACCUGUUCCUCAGUAACUCUGGAAGUGAAAAUUCGAAGCAAGAUCUUCAUGCGUCGGACACGAUACGUGGUAUGAAGAAUGGCGGGGAGGGGGAGGAGCACGAGCAGCCACAGCGGCCACGAAUCACCUGUUAUGUCUGCGAGGCAGACCUGAGUGGCAAUUCUGCCAUAGCGGGCGAGGAGAAGGAGAACGAUAACGGGAAUGGCUCGAAAAAGGACAGGAAAGACAAACCCGAAAAAGAAAAAUCACGGACUAAGGACAAAAGGAUAGGAGGCAGGCUGGUCGAAAUCAGUUGCGAAGGGACCGGGUUUGCUGGCGGAGGGACGAAUGUCGCAAAACGGGACGGCGUAGCCUUCCAAUGUUAA